AUGGUUGAUGAAGGAAUUCUGAUCUUGGAGAAGGAUCCCCUAAAAACUUCAGAAACCCUAGAGAAAGAGAUGCAGGAACUGAUUAAAUUUUUGAAAGAAUCAGGAACUUUGGUAUCAAAGGCUAGAAAAAUCCAAUGGAUGGAUGGUUUUAUGACUGACUUGACAGUCACAGAAAUUGAUAAACAAAAAGUUGAAAAUAAAGUUGCCAAGAUUUGGGAUGAAGAUGUGGCCAACAAAUAUUUCAUUGCCAAGGUUUUUGGCAUAGACAUCACAUAUGGCGACAUAAACUCUCUCAAAGGCUCAAACUGGCUAACAGACAAAGUCAUGGAUGCAUACCUGACAUAUAUUGCCCAAACUGAGAUGGACAAGGGAAACAUCAAAGUAAGACACCAGUUGGUCUGCACCACAAACAACAUCAUUAAUGGAAAAUAUGUCCCUGGACGACAUGAAAAGAACAAAUUAAUACCAUACGACUUUGUCAUUGGAGCCUACCACCAGAGAGGAGGUCAUUGGGAUUUGCUGAUUGUUGAACCAUCAAAGGGAAAGGUUGUUUUUCUCAACCCUUUGGGAGCCUCCCCAAAUCAAAAGAGAACAGUUCUUUUGAAUUGGAGAAAAUACAUAGGACAGAUGCUUCUUCUUCAUCCAGAGAAUGGGUACAAAAACUGGACACUGGAAGUACCUGACCAUUCCAAACAACUAGAUGGAUCCAGUUGUGGCAUCUUCUGUCUUUUGUUUGCAGAGAAAUAUCUGGCUGGACAAUCUCUGCUUGGUAUAACUCAGGAAGAAGUAAAUAAUAAAAGGGUAAUGGUAGCCCACACACUGAUGAUGUUUGAAGUAUCACAUAUUUUGAAGGAGUAUCUUAAAUAUUGUUUUGGAUAA